GAUAUAGUCAAUCAAGAGAAGACAAUGAGUAUAAAAGAGUAAAAGUAAAACAAAGGAAAAAAAGUUUGCUUUCUUUUCUUGUUCUCUGUUUGGCUUGUGUCUAUAUGUUUUCCAAGACCGACUGCGUAUCGGGAUGCAUCCCUCAUUUGCGUGGUGCAAGAAAAAAAAAGCGACUUAACUUCUGACUUUUUUUUUUGGUAUUUUAAUGAUCCUGUUUUUUUUCCCCCUUUCUCUCUCUCUCUCUCUCUUUCUCGCUUAUUCUAAAAAUGAAUUCUUUACGCAUCAUGCAAGAUACUUAUGCUCAUGAUCAAAUCUAUCAUCCUUAUGAUAAAGAAGAAGAAUUAAAGGUGAAGCAUCAACAUACAAAAACGGAAUCCUUGAUGUCACCUCCUUUGACACCUACAGAAGUCCAUCAACCGCAUCCUGUUGGCUUAUCACCACCUACGGUUGCUAUGAAUCAGCCUCUUAGUUGGAAUUAUAGACCCAAGAAUAGAAAGCAAUUCAUUCAAUCCUAUUCUCGCAUGGUGCCUUACCUUAGAAAAGACAAUUGCAUGAAUCCUGGCAAUGAAAAAAUGUUUGCAUUAAAUGUCUACCGGGAUCUAUUCAUCAAGAACAAAUCACUCGUAGUAAAAGAAAAAAGCUGUACUAGGUCGGACGAAACUGUCGUGCCACAUACUAAAAAGAGAACGUUGGCUAUCAUGUCCGCUCACCAUGAAUUCAUGCCUCCAACAAAAAGAAAACGCGUUUCGUCUGUCUUGCCUUCUGGUAAAGAUGCUGCAUUGGCAUUCGAUUCAAUUGAUAUUGAUAGCCAUGACCAAGAUUUUUAUCCUCAAGGCUGGGUACCACUUGGUGAAGCCCUUGAUCAAGUUCCCGUAAAGGUCUCUUGGAAAGGCGCACCUCUUCCAAUUCAUCAACAACCUUAUUACCAUGCUUUACAUCAUGUAGAAGCCACAAUGGCUUCCGUGUUGCGUCUUUCUCCUGUACAAUACCUUCGUUGUAAACGUACACUUAUCUUGGCUGCCCGUACCUUAAAAAUUCAACAAAUUCCAUUCACAAAAUCCGUUGCACAAAAGUUGUGUCGAGUGGAUGUCAAUAAGACCAGCGCUCUUUGGACUGCGUUUGGUCAAUUAGGCUGGUUUGAUGGUGACGAUAACUACCUUGCUUAAUUGUUUUAUUUAUUCUCUCUUUAUUUUGUAUUACAACCUUUUAAUAAUAUGAUUGUAUAUUCAUACCCCAUUCCCUUUCUCUCUUUUUAUAUAUAUAUUUACAUAUGUUCUACAUACUCUCUUUUUUUUUUUACAUACAUACACAAAAAAAACCUUUUCUUUUUGUUUUUUUUUAAAAAAAUAUCUAAAAAUUACAUAUAAAUAAACAAAUAUACCUUUAAUUAAUUAGAA